CUGACAGUUAAGUGACAGUGAAGCACGAAACGACUGCCUAAUCGGUCGCAGCGCAGAUUCCUCACAUUCGGUCUCAGUUUUACACUGAUCAGCCAAGAUGCCUCUGUAUGAAUCUACAACAUCAGAUUAUGAUGAUUAUGAAGAUGGCAGCACCAGCUCUACCACUGAGUACCUGGAGACCAUGUGUGAUAAGGCUUCCGUCCGGGAAUUCCGGGGGUACUAUGAGCCCCCCCUGUACUGGUCCAUUUUCAUACUGGGAGCCGUCGGCAACCUGCUGGUGGUGUGGAUCUACCUCCACUUCCGCAAUCGCCUGAAGACCAUGACCGACGUGUACCUGCUCAACCUGGCCGUGGCCGACCUCCUGUUCCUGGGCACGCUGCCCUUCUGGGCCGCCGACGCCACCCAGGGGUGGUACUUCGGCCACGUGAUGUGCAAGCUGGUGUCGGCCGUCUACAAGAUCAACUUCUUCAGCAGCAUGCUGCUGCUGACCUGCAUCAGCGUGGACCGCUACAUCGCCAUCGUCCGGGCCACCAAGGCCCAGAACUCCAAGAGGAAGAUGCUCCUCUACAGCAAGGUGGUGUGCGUGGUGGUCUGGCUGCUUGCCGCAGCCCUGGCCUUGCCAGAGUUUCUCUUCGCUCAGGUCAAGGAAUUUGAUGGCAACUCCUACUGCUCCAUGGUCUACUGGGCCAACCAGAACAACCGCACCAAGAUCCUGGUCCUCUCGCUGCAGAUCUGCAUGGGCUUCUGCCUGCCCUUCCUGGUCAUGUUCUUCUGCUACUUCGUCAUCAUCCGCACCCUGCUGCAGGCGAAGAACUUCGAGAAGCACAAGGCCCUGCGGGUGAUCCUGGCCGUGGUGGCCGUGUUUGUCCUCUCCCAGCUGCCGUACAACAGCGUCCUGGUGGUGGAGGCGGCGCAGGCGGCCAACACCACCAUCACCGACUGCGAGGAGGCGCGGCGCUUCGACAUCGCCAGCCAGGUGAUGAAGAGCCUGGCCUACCUGCACAGCUGCCUUAACCCCUUCCUCUACGCCUUCAUCGGGGUGCGCUUCCGCAAGGACCUGGCCAAGAUCUUCCAGCCCUGCAGCUGCGGCCAUGGCAAGCUCAGCAAGCUGUCCGCAGGCCCCAAGCGCUCGUCCGUUAUGUCCGACACAGAGACCACCCGGGCUCUCUCUCUGUAGCACGCUCCCCGCACCUGGAGUCACUCUUUAUGUCGACUUUGUAACAUGGGCAGGUCUGAGCCUCAGUGUUCUGUUGGCUGCGUCCCUGUGUUUGCCUCCCAGGGCAGAUGUGUUUGCCAAGAGCGCCUUUCUGUACUGCACAGGGAGUGAUAUGGCUUUCCACCAGGUGGGCUCACAGAAGGCACACAUUCGAACAUUCCCGACUGCAGGGGCCACACCUGGGAAAGCAGAGAUGGCUGCCUCUGGAGGCAUGAUGGGAUUGUUUCUCACAGAAAUAGAGGUGGAACCAUUGAUCUCUGGGCCCUUUGAUGGACUUUGGUGUAGGGGACAUCCUCACUGGCUGAGGUAUCUCGGGUGAUGGCUAUAGAGACAAUGGCGUUCCCCUCUGACUUUUACUGAGAGCAUUAA